AUGGACGGCGCAGUCGGAGGCCUCGGCGGGGACGUCGACGAGUACCUGCAAAUUGGCUUACAUCCAGUAUGGUGGUACGGUAAUUGGUGGGACGAUUAUUUCGCCAAGGAAGGAGCGCUCACACAUAGAGCGUCGAGAGUAUUGGUGGACAUCUACCAGGCGGAGUUGAGGCACCACCAGAACGUCAACCAGUACUUAUCCCGUGUUAUGGAAUAUAUGGUCAUGGACGGGGUUCGGCAAGACCCUGAUCUACGACCGAAGCCACGGAAGGUUGGGGCGCCAGUGCAGCUGGCCAUACAGCAGCAUGUUCGUGGAGCUCAGGACGGCUACAUGCGAUGCAUGCGAUGUGGCGAGGGCGCGAAAGGACAGAAUGUGAAGGCCAACCUGCAGGCGAAUACUUGCGUGCCGACGGAGCUCGGGCGCUUCAAGUGCCAACCAAGCCCAGAUCGACUACGCUGGUACGUUGGAGGUCCCUACAAGGCGACGCUGGCCAGCGUGAAGGAUCCGCUCCAAGACGGCGGACCGCCGAUCGUGCUCUAUGUGGACGAGCUCCAGCUGGCCACGGGCGAGCCAGGUCCCGAAGACACUGAGAUCUACCUUAGAGAUCUUCCUCUGGAAGACUACACCGAGCAGCAGCUUCGUGAGUGGCUGGACGACUUCGGCACUGUGACGCGUUUCGUGGCCAUCCGCGACACUUCGACGAAGGAGCUGACAGGCCGCGCAUACGUCCGGUUCGGCACGAGCGAGGAGGCCACCGGUUUGAUCGCGGCCUUCCCACAGGUAGCCGAUGACGAAGGCAACGUCAAG